UGUGUGUGUGGGGUUUCCUGCUGGUUACCUGUCCUAUAUUUGUGUAUGUGGGCGGAGUCUGGAGGACUAUAAAGAGUCUCGUCUGUCGUCUCGUCUUCACACAAUCUUUCUCUCUGACAGGUGAGACGACAACAACAACGACGCCUUUAACCCUUCAGAGUUUAUCAUAUUAACUCUAAUAUCUAAUAACUUAGAGUUUAUUAUAUCAACUCUAAUAUCUAAUAACUUAGAGUUUAUUAUAUUAACUCUGAUAUCUAAUAACUCAGAGUUUAUUAUAAUAACUCUAGUAUUUAGUAACUCAGUCCCUCAGUCGUCUCUCUCUCGUCUCUGAACCAUGAUGAGUGUCUCCAGCGUGGCGUCUCUCCUGUCGCUGCUCCUGAUUGGCUGCUGCUCGCUGCCCGUCGACAAGCCGAUGAGCCCGCCUCUCCGCAGCGAGGAGACGUACCGCGCCGUGCACGAAGUCUCCCAGCACGCUCAGAGUUUGCAGACGGAGGACGACUCCAGCGUCCGUCUGUUGCCACGCGUCAACGCCGACCAGGACCAUCUGAAGAUCUGCUGCCUGCACGCCAACAUCCUGGACUACUACCUGACCAACGUGCUGCGUCACCGUGACAACGCCCAUCCCAAGAUGCAGCGCCUCAACUCGGACCUGAGCCGAGUCAGCGACGACCUGCAGACCCAGGGCUGCAACGUGACUCACUACCACGAGCAUCAUCACGCCGUCGAGUUCCGCAAGAAGCUCGCCAAGAUGGGAGGUGAGCGAGGUCUGAACAAGGCGGUGGGAGAGAUCGACAUCCUCUUCACGUACCUGCAGGACUUCUGCGUCCAGCCCAGGAACGCCACCGCUAACGCCGCCGCCGGCACCAUCUAA